AUGAACCGUAGCCGGAGAAAUAGGAGGUCGGAUCCAGAACGCUGUACCCGACAGCGAAGUCAUCCGGAAAAGAUGAUAGUUAAUUCAGGUCUCAAGAAUCUAGAAUUGACUCCCGAAUGUAGCGUUAAGACCGUUAUGUUAGUGAAACCGGAGAACGGAAUUUCACAGGAGAGGGUGGAAAAUGACAA